AUGGCUAGUCCUCCCGUUCUAGCUUUCGAUGCCGAGGGCCGUCCGGUGAAGUUCGAAACCUGGCUAGAUGACCUGCACCUGUUCCUACAGCUCACUGCCAAGGAAGACAUCUCGCUGUACGACCACGCCCUAGGCCAUGCUACUGCCCCUGACACGUCUGCUGACAGCACUCUACGCUCUCAGUGGCAGACUCGUGAUGCGCACGCUCGCUUUGCUAUUCGCAACUCCCUGCCGCUAGACGAGCGCGAGCACUUCGGCCAGUGCAAGACUGCUAAGGACCUCUACACCGCUGUAGUUGCCCGCUACUCCUCACCCGCUUCUGCUACGCUAGGCCGCCUCACUCUCCCCUACCUGUUCCCCAACCUAGCCUCCUUUCACACUGUCGCAGACCUCAUCACCCACCUUAAGACUAGUGAGGCCCGCUUUCGCGCUGCUAUGCCUGCCGAGUUUCUCACUAGCAACCCCCCCCCGCUCUGGAUCACUCUCUACCACAUCGUCACCCGCCUCCCUGACUCUCUGCGUGCAGCACUUCUCGUGGCGACCCCCGCACCCCGUUCUUCGAGGGGUGUUCCCCUUCCCCCCUCCUCCCCUCUGUCGCCUCUGCUGCUGCUGUCGACCUCCUUGGUGCUGAGAAGGUCGGGACCGCGUCUGCUUCGAGCGGGCGCCGCAGGAGCAAGGGAGGCAGGGGUGGGGGUGGUGGCGGAGGAGGUGGGGGUGGAGGCGGUGGGAGUGGAGGCGCGACUGGGGAGGCUAGUGGCGGCAGUGGGGGAGGAGACAGCAGCGGCGGGAGCGGUGGCAGGGGUGGAGGCGGCAGGUGGAGGUGGUCGUGGCGGCGGCAGGGGUGGAGGUGGCCGAGGCGGUGGUGGUGGCGGUGGUGGUCGUGGAGGCACUGGCGGAGGCCCGAGUCAGCAGCCCGCCCCGACGCUUCAGGCCGCCCGUGAGUGGUAUGCGCAGCGUGGCUUUACCUGCACGUACGUCAUUCGCACAGGUGACCGCAGCGGCCAGCAGUGUGGGAGGCCGCACCCCAUGCAGCGCUGCUUCGCGCGCCUUAACGACGCGUGGCGCACCCAGUUUCCUGAUGCCGCUGAGCUGCCGCGCUGGGCUGAUCUGGAAAAGAGGGGUGUCGAUAUUUGGGCUCUAGACUUUGAUGCUAUUCUCACUGCCAUGUAUGCCAUGUCUAUUAGUGGAGAGGGUGCUCAGUACUUGCGUGUUCCGCCCGACCCGGGCAUUCAGGCCAGUCCGGCUGCCGCUCUAGGUGCUAGUGCGUCUGCUCCCACAGGUCCUGGUGAGGCUGCUGCCCUAGGUGCUAGUGCGUCCGUGCCCCCUGGUACUGGGUUGACUGCAGCACUGCACACCUUCACACUGGACUCAGGUGCCUCUCGCUCUUUCUUUCGUGACCGCACUGUCCUUGAGCCACUCGCUCGGCCAGUUGCUGUCUCCCUUGCUGACCCCUCUGGGGGUCCGGUCAUUGCGACCUCCUCCACUGUUCUUCCUUGUCCUGCGGUCCCGUCCGGCACGCUUUCAGGUCUCUACCUCCCCUCGUUCUCUACGAACUUGGUGGCGGGUUGUGCGCUCCAGGACUCGGUGUAG